CUAUCUCAAAAUAAGUCAUCUUACAUAUACUGUAUACUAUCUUACUGACAUUCUGUUUUGGGGGAACUAUCAGAAGUGUGUGUGUGUGUGUGGAGGAGCUCAGCUGGUAUAUGUUGCAGGUGGUGAUCGUGCUGCUGAGCGUCUCCCUGGUGCUGGCUGUGGCUUCGGCCCAACUGGAGGAGAAGAAGCCGGUGGAGGCGAAGGUGGAGGCGAUGGUGGAGGCGAAGGCGGAGACUAAGGCUGAGACGAAGGUGGAGGCAAAGGUGCAGGCCUCGGAGGAUGAGGACCUGGUCGGGGAGGAGUCACAAGUGGUGGUAGCUACACAGAAGCCAGCAGAAAGUCGACAGGUAGAAUCCCGGGUGACGGAGGGACAGCUGUCUUCUGGCCCCGACGAUGCCGACAUCAGCUUCCAUCUGGACUCUCGUGGGGGCGUGGCUACCUUCCAGGGGGCGUUACCCAGGGAGGAGUUGUUAGAGACCCAUGAUCAACUCACCGCCGCCUUCGACAACGCUGCCGAUGAAGCUCGCCAGGCGCACACUGCUACCGGCGUGGAGACCAGCGUGUACUCCUACACACCAUACCACUGGGCCUAUGAGGUGAGGGCGCCGUCGACAGGUGACCACAAGAGCCAGGUGGAGCACAGGGAGGUGGACGGUGUGGUGAGAGGCAGGUACUCUGUGGUCGAGCCCGAUGGUUCCCUCAGAAUCGUCAGCUACAUGGCCCACCCCGACGACGGCUUCAAGGCUACAGUCCAAACACAACCCAACUUCCAGCAACCCAUCCAGGUGCAGGUGUACAGCGGCGACCAGUCCCAACAGCAGCAGAGGUUCAGUAGUUUGAAGCAGCAGGGACAACAGCAGCAGAGGUUUAGCAGCAACCUGGAACAGCAAGAGCAGAGGUUCGGAAAUCAACAACAGAGAUUCAGCAGUCUGGACCAGCAACAGCAGCAACAGAGGUUCAGCAGCCUGGGACAACAACAGCAGCAGCGUUUCAGUGGUCAGCAGAGAACCCAGUUUAACGAGCAGUCCCAACAGCAGUACAGCCAACGUCAACAACAAUACAACAGCGAGCAACAACAACGGUACAACAACAACGAACAACAACAACGGUACAACAACAACGAACAACAACAGUACAAAAACCAACAAGAACGACGGUAUGUAGCCCAGAAUCAACAGUUCAACAGUCAACAACAACAACACGCUGGGGCACAACUGUUCAACGCCCGCCAACAGCAACAACGUCAACAGUACACGACCCAACAACAGCAGGAGCAGGUCGGCGGCGUCCAGCGAACACAGUACAACAUUCAGCAGCAGCAACAACCGCUGACUAACCAACAACUCCAGCAGCUCCAUUUCGGGAACCAGCAACAGGUCAGCAGCCAGCAGCAAACACAGUACAGCACCCCGCAACAGCAGCAACUCAAAGCCAGGGAACAGCAACAACAAUACAGCCGCAGGCAGCAGGCACAGUACGGCAUCCAGCAACAGCAGGAGAGACAGGAACAGCAGCAGAUCACUGGGCGCCUCGGGACCACCUCCUUCAGCAGCAACACUCAGGCCAACCAAUUACAGCCCGGCAGCGUCGUUGUCACACCCUUGACCAACACACAGUACCAGGCGUCACAAGACCAGCUGAGGAAUCAGGCCGAGUAUGCAGUGCUACCCAUCGUUCUUCGUCGUGUCAGGAAGGCGGAUUAAAACUUCCCCCUCUCGUCCUUGACUAGAUGCUGAAGAAGUGAACACGGGAUGGAAGGAACCUAAAGGCGGGAGUCAUCAUCGCGCGUUCACCAGCGAUGCAUCACUACUGUAACUUUCCACUUCAGUCUCUUACCUGUGUGAGAGGGGGAAAGUAGCACCUGGUGAUACGCUUCGACUGAUCAUAACCCGCCAGGUAGUUGGUUUAGAGACAUGUAAUGCAAGAGAUGAAAAACAAUAAAAAUAACGUUGUAUGAA